CCAAAAAGUAUUUUUGUUUUAAUUUCUCUCCAUAUUGACUUGAUGGCAGCUUAUACCGCUGUAAUUUCUCUUCUUCAAACUCUUGAUCAACCAAAUAUUUCAGAACUCUUUCAUGAUCACACUACUGAAAUGCUCGAUUCUCUUCGUGCUACAGCUGAAUAUUUUCAAGAUGUUCUUGAAAACAGUAGCAAUGAGAAAAUCAAAUCUUUGGAGGAAGAUAUUAGAGUUGUUGUUAGCGAGGCAGAGGAUGUUGUUGAAAUGAAGAUUUCUAAAGUCAUCGAAGAAUUAAGCUGGACAUUUGGAAUUUUACAACACCAGGAUAUGCUACCAGUUGUUGAAAAAAUGGAUACGACAAAGAAACAAGUGAUGGAGAUUCUUUCUCAUGAUGCUGAUCAAAUUCUUGAAACAAGUGAUGGAGAUUCCUUGAUUGGUGCUUCUUCUAUGAGUGAUCCAAUGCUGUCAGAUCAGUUGAAAGAUGAUAUCGUGCAGGGACUUGAUGGUGACUUGAAGAUAAUAGAUAAACGAUUGAGAGGACCAACGUCGGAUCUAGACAUUGUCACCAUAUCAGGUAUGGGUGGCAUUGGCAAAACAACACUCGCUAAAAAAGCUUAUGAUCAUCUUCCAAUCAGGUAUCACUUUGACAUUUUUGUUUGGGUUACAAUAUCUCAAGAAUUUCGAUAUAGAAAUGUAUUGUUAGAAGCUUUACAUUGCAUUUCAAAGAAAAAUGCAAAACAUUAUGAUAAGAUGGAAGACAAUGAGUUAGCUGACCUGGUGCAAAAGAACCUAAAGGGUCCAAGAUACCUUAUUGUUGUUGAUGAUAUUUGGAGUAGGGAUGUUUGGGAUAGCAUAUCACAAAUAUUUCCUAACCGCAACAAUGGGAGUCGAGUCUUAUUGACUACUAGGGAAACUGAUGUAGCAAUGUAUGCAGAUACUUGUAGCCCUCAUAAGAUGAACCUCUUAAAUUUAGAUAGCAGUUGGAAGUUACUUCGUGAUAAGGUGUUUGGACUAGAACACGAUCAUCCUCCCGAGUUGGAUGAAAUUGGAAAAACAAUAGCAGGAAAAUGUCAAGGACUUCCCUUAAUAAUUUCAGUGAUUGCAGGGCAUCUUUCUAAAACGGUGCCCAAGACAUUAUUAAAUUGGAAGUAUGUUGCCCAAACCUUGAGUGAAAUCAUUGCUAGUAAUCCAAAUAAAUGUUUAGCCGUUCUCGGUUUGAGUUACCAUCACUUGCCUAAUAGACUCAAACCAUGCUUUCUUUCAAUGGGGGAUUUCCCAGAAGAUUUUCAAGUUGAUACUCGGAGAUUGAUCCAAUUAUGGAUCGCAGAAGGUUUCAUAAGGAAGUCUUCCGGAUGUCGUGAAAGCUUGGAGGAAGUGGCUGAACAUUGUCUGGAGGAUCUUAUCAGCAGGAAUUUGAUAAUGGCUAGAAAAAGGAGAUUCAAUGGUGAGGUAAAAGUAUGCGGAAUACAUGAUGUUCUGCGUGAGUUCUGUUUGUUAGAAGCUGAAAUGACAAAGUUUACACAUGUUGUGAGAGCUCCUUUUUCACCAGCAAAAAAGCAUAAUGUUCGUCGCUUCAGUAUUCAAGAGUGUCAUUAUGCUAUUAAGAAAUUACCCCCUGUUACCAGAUCUAUGUACUGUUUUUAUCCACUUCAUCUACUAUUUGAAUCCCGUACUGCAAGUCCUUGGAAAUUGCCCAUCAUCCAUUAUGAUCCUAUAACACUUGGAUUUCUCUCUCGUUUCAACCUUCUCAGGGUAUUGGUCAUCAUCCAUGAUGAAUUGCGAGGGUGGUUCGACUCAUUUCCACUUGUGAUUACAAAGUUAUUUCAUUUGAGAUAUCUCCAUGUUGAACCUUUAAGCAGGAAUAUUCCUGAAUCAAUCUCAGAGCUUCUGAAUUUGCAAACUCUUAUUUCUAGCUGUAGUCCUCUACUCGGAAUGAAGUUACCUAGCAAGAUAUGGUUGAUGAAGAACUUGAAGUACAUAUCUUUAGGGAGAAACACUUAUUUACCAAGUCCUAGAAUAAAUAAGAAUCUUGUGACAGUGAUGCCAAAUCUAGAGAAAUUUUUCGGUCUUUGUUACACAAGUUGUACAAAUGAAGUCUUUUCUAGCAUUCCCAAUCUAAAGAUAUUGACCAUUCAUGUAGCUUUUACAUUUAAAGAAGCAAUUGUUCCCUAUCGUCUCUUGGAUAUGUCGAGCUUGAGAAAACUUGAGGCAUUCAAGCUUUCCUGGAACAAGAAUUGGGAAAACCCCAUCAAGAGAUUUGUGUUUCCAACAUUACUUAGGAGGUUGACUUUAACUUUUUGUAGUAAGUUCAUUUGGGAAGAGAUAUCAUCAACUUUUAUCAUGUUGCCAAAUCUUGAAAAGCUCAAACUUAAAUAUUGUGGAGCCGAUGAUGAUGCAUGGAUAAUGAGCGAUAAAGACAUAUUCAAAAGCUUGAAGUUGUUGUUACUGAGCGAGCUAAAUCUUAAGCGUUGGGAAGCUAGCAGUGAUAACUUCCCUAAUCUAAAACGCCUUGUUCUGAAGAAAUGUGAGGACCUGCAAGAAAUUCCAACAGAUUUUGGGGAAAUUUGUACUUUGGAAUCGAUUGAGUUACAUGAUUGCAGCGCUACUUCUGAGGAUUCUGCCAGAAAUAUCGAACAAGAACAAGAGGACAUGGGAAAUAAUAUCCUUAAGGUCUACAUCCAUAACAGCCACAUUGAGGAAUGGAAGCUUAUUUGAGGGAUCAUCUAAUGCUAUCUUCCUAAUUCAGAACCUUUCUGUUCAUAUUUUGUUUUUAUAUUCUGAUCGUUUGUUAAAUUGAUGUUUUAGGAAUAAAUACGAUUAAUACAUGUCUCAGCCAAUUGUGUUUUUGUAUUUUGUAAACGGUAACUUUUGAUGUACUGUAAUAUUCAUGCAAUACAAGAACCA